GUUCUACCCAUAUCAUUAUGCCCCUUUUGCAUCUGAUCUCAAAGGAUUGGCGGAUUUGGAGAUAACAUUUUUUCUGGGUCAACCUUUUAAGCCAUUUGAUCAACUAAUGGGAACACUUCCAGCUGCCAGCUCAAAUGCAUUGCCUGAGCAUUACAGGGCAUUGAUGACUGAUCCAGCAUCACCCUUAAGCACCUUUUAUCCCAAAGAUUUUGAGAUAGACAUGAAUGGUAAACGCUAUGCAUGGCAGGGAGUUGCAAAACUGCCAUUCAUUGAUGAGAGACGGUUGCUUGCAGAAACAAAAAAGAUCGAAUACACUUUAACGGAAGAAGAGAAAUCUCGAAAUAAAAUAAUGUUUGACAUAAUUUAUGUCCACGAUAGUCAUCCAUUGGCUGCACAAGUUGUUUUACUCUAUCAAAUGUGUCCACUACCAGCAGAGGAGCCAUUAUUUUUUAUUCAAAUUGACACAAGUGUUAGUAAUGGAAUGAAUGGGUUCCUGGGUUUAUGUGAGAGGAACCACUGUAACACAUCUGUACCUGCACCGGUCAAAGGGUUAAGUUCUGUUGAAAAAAACAGAGUCUUGAAUGCAACAUAUGUUAAUUUUCAGUACCACAAGCACAUACCAGAACCUCCUGAAGGUGUGAUCAUGCCUGCAAAGGUUUUGAAACCUCAGGACAUCAAACCUUUCCCUGUUUUAUGGCAUGAAGACAAUAAUGGACGUCGUCAGCAAGCUAGAGAGAGGCCACUGCUGUCUGGAACCCUCUCUGGCCAUGUUUUAGGAGAAGCAGCACAUCGUCUGGUUAAAAAUUCUUUACAAAUCAAAUCCAACAACACUGUAAGGUUGCUUGGGGCACCAGGUAGGAAUGCUGCACAAGGUGUUAACAAACCCAGACCUGCUGGACCAUUGGGUUAUGAAAGAGGUUUCAUGGAGGGCAAAGAUUAUUGUCGGUCUUCUACCUAUAGCCCUCCUAGCUGUAACAUACAAGGUUUCUCAAAUUCUAGGCCAUUUCAGUUUGCUUCUGAUUUCCAAGGAUAUAGUCAGAACCUAAGGAUGCAGAAGUCAAAUUUUCAAGACCAUGGGAACAUUAGUACAGGAAUAUCUAAUCUGACAAUUGAAGAGAGGCCAAGAUUCCAAUCACAUCCAAGGAUGCCAAAUGAUCGAUACUGGCCCAAUCAUCAGCAGCACAUCCAGAAUGCAGGGCCACCACCACCGUUGCCGCCAAUUAACUGGAUUGGUAAACAAACAAGGGGUUAUAUGGAUGGAUUUGGCAUACGGCUGCCUAUGAACUGGACUGGUAAACAACCAACAAGGGUUUAUGUGGGUAGAUCUGGCAGGCAAGAGAUAUCCACCAGAAGCCUGUAUGAUAAGCAGCAGCAGAUAAGCAAGGUAUAUCGUAUUAAAUCACAGACACAGGAGCCAACAAAUUCAAGUAACCGGCAGUGAACGUGCUGCAUCUUAACACACUUUUGUUUUCUGUGAAUUUAGUAUCUGUUGUCCCAUGUGUAAUGUAUGAUUAGAAGCGUUGGGUGAUGCACCCUCCUGCCAGUCCCUGUAAUUUACAUUAGUUUUACCCAUAUAACAUGUUCUUAGAAUCUAAAAGGUUAACGUACUGCAAUGCACAUUAAAGUCCGGUUCGCAUAUGUUUGUUUAUUUUUUUCCGGUCUGUCAUGUACUUAAAGUGUUGGAUGCCAUACCCACAGGCAUUAUCAAAGGACGUGUUCAUUGAUUUA